CGGUGGCAAAGGUCCAGUUGGAGCCACUCCAGCUGCAGCAGCAGCAGCAGCAGCCGCAGCAGCAGCCGUAGCAGUGGGUUCCUUCCUCCUCUGUCUUUUAAGGCCAUCAGCAAACGCCACCGCAUCUUCUGGACGACGACCGGUCUCCACACAUUCGAGCAACAACAAGUGUUUCUCAUAAUGUUUUCGAAGCUGGUAGCCAGCAGCAGACGACUGCGAGAUCUCAGGAUUCGCUUCAGUGCAGAUCGCCUUCCACGCUUUAUCUUUCGUUACCUGCUCAAAACCUCCACGAUUUCGAACACCGAUGUACAAUCGGUGCAAAUCGACAUUCUGUUUCGAAACCUGUGGUAUCAUAGUGAUCGGUUCACCGUGCUGCUCACAGAACUGAACAAGCCGUUCAAAGAACAUUCGCCGUUCAGGCAUCACCCGUGGUGGAUUCGCCGCUGUUGGGGGACCAACCUAAAUUUCCGAUAA